AUAGGGAAGAAGGGUUUACGAUCACCCGCUACACUUUUUGCACUGGAGGCAAUUAUGGCUCCGGGACCUUUGCUUCCAUACGAUAUAGAGGGUCUCAUGCAGGUGAUACUUGAGCCAGCGCAGUAUAUGUUAUGGAAGGAAGAGUGGUUGGCACAGCUCAGGGCCGUAGUCGCUGCAGCGACAUGUGACCCACGACACCCAGCAAAUGGUAGGGAACUGGGAGAGGUAACUAAUCUGACACGGUUGUUAGGGUAUGGGGAAGGCAUGAUAGGGUCCCCUGAAGGCCAGUUCAGACACCUUCGCCCAGGAGAGCUGAUGGCGUCCACAGAAGCAGCUCUGACAGCCUUCAGAAGGUUCUCAAGGACAGCUGAACCUUCUGCUCCCUGGGCAGAGGUAGCCCAGGGUCCAUCUGAGUCAUUCUCAGAUUUUGCCAAUCGAUUGAUUCGGGCAGUAGAAGGCUCAGAUCUGCCAAAGAUUGCCCAUAAUGCAGUAAUCAUGGAUUGUCUUAAACAGAAAUCACACAAAAAUGUUAAGGAUCUUAUUCUAGCCACUCCCGACGACCUUAGUACUCCGGGAGAUAUCAUUAGGUAUGUACUGGAGAAACAGAGAACAAUGCCCCUCACCAAUGAGGGAUUAGCAACAGCGAUAGUAGCAGCAAUGGCCAUGAGAGAGAAUCAGAGUAGGGGACCGUGUUUUAAGUGCGGACAGUUUGGUCACUUCAGAGCCCAGUGCCAAGCCCCUGGGAGACAGAAAGGGGUAGCAGGGCCAGACCAGGCUUGCCAAGCCUGCGGGAGAUCAGGUCACACUGUACGCCAAUGUCAGAAGUUUGUCAUAGUGCCGCAGGGAAACGAGGAAGGGAGGGUGCCUUAGGCCCAGGGCCCCUCCCCCGGAACACCAAAUGGGCCAGACAAUGCGGCUCUGCCUACCCGAGGUCGGGGUCCCGUACCACAGUGAGCCCCUCGCCCACAGUGGCAUUAACCAUGGGAAUGGGAGAGCGCCCCUUGGGCAGGAUCAUGCUUACUUGUGCGGGGAGAGUACUUUCUUGCAGGUCCCCUGAGGAAGAGAACACCGUAAAUAUGCCCUCAGCUAUAGCGACUAACAUCUCAUCAGCACCUUCGGCAUCCCACUUCACCUCCCCCUCGGCUUCAGCUUCGCAUAAACAAGUAGAAGAAGGCAUUCAACUGUCUGCGCUUUUGUCUUGCAAAACGGCUAAAGUGCAGGAAUGCAAGGUCGUUGAAACCCCUCCACUGUAUCCACAACAACCGCUGUCUCUGUGUAAUCUGCCCCCUGCGGGGGCAGGGGGAGAAGUGAGCUGGGAUGGGACACUUACUGUCUCCUCUCAGGAGGUGGAAUGCAGUAACACUCAGGGGGGUGGGAACUGCGGUCAAGGCUCGGGUAUGGAUUGGUCAAAAGUUAAGGAGGCGGUAGAAGAAAAAACAGCAGAGAGAAAGGGAAGAGAUGUAACUUACAGGUGCUUGGAUGAUAGUGUACGGCCAGCACUGUCCACCCUGACUGCACCUGAAGGAGUAGGUGGCGUCUGUCUGGCGCCCUCUGCUCAGGCUACACCCAAAGGAGAAAGAAAUAACGAUAGUCUCCGGACCCACUCUUUGCCACAGUGUUCAGACCCAUUGACUCGACCCAGACAUCCUUUUACAAGAUUGAGUGUGCAUGCAACCAAUCAGAAGCCUCUACAACAAUCAGUACAUGGUCAAAGGGAGAUGGGCACAGUGGGAGCAGUGCAGAGCCCUCAGGUUCCAGCUGUGUCUGAAAAGGAUAGCGAAAGGAGAGAGGUGAAUUCGCAUUUGGGAGUUAAGAGAGAUGCACUAACAGAGUGUGGGAAGUUUAGAUCUAGCCUGAUAAAGGAAGGAAGAGCACUAGAGACCUUCCCGAUAGUAGGGAAUGAUAACAGAGACCCGGAAGGGGUACUUCUUGAUCCGAAAGGCAUCACACACCUGAUAGAUUGUGCAGAGAAACGGGAAUUGAAAUCACUCCUCGCUUUAAAUGCAUUAGAAGUCCUGACAGCAUCAGGCCUUCUCUUUCAGCAUGUAACAAAUCUGAUGUGCAUGGUGCUUAAGCCAGUGCAGUAUGCACUGUGGGCAUCAGAAUGGGUUCCCUUCAUGGACAGGUGGCCAGAUUGAGGCCUGGAGAACAAGCAAUUCCAUACGGCUGGUUUGUGAGAGCAAUGCUCUCAAGGCUUGAGACAUCUGCCUUGAUAUUGAACAAAUGUUUGUUAUUUUUGAGGUACAUUCCAACAGGUACCUGAGACAAUGUUGGUAUAUAUUGGGCACAGAUAGUGCCACUAGAGCUAUCAGCAAUCACUCUAAUCUCUAAUCUCUCUGUCUAUAACCUUACCAGUAUUGUAGGAUGUGGCUUUAAUUAUUAAGUGUCGGCGACAUCACAUCAAUUCUUGCAGGAUAAUUACACGGUGAUUAAAGACCUAUCACCUGCUCCAAGUGAGAUGAAUUUUGGUUUGGCUUACCAAGGAAGGAACUUGGUAAGGAAGCUUUUGCAACAUGACGACCUGCACCAAUUGUUGAAAUGCGUCAGAGACAAUGGACAGAAAACCUUGAUCACCAUUCACCACGACACAGAAGAGAUACAUUGUGUCCUAGAGAGAGUAAAGAAGGAUGGAGAACACCACUGGUGGGAAGCACUUUUUGGAUGGUCCCCCACCGCGACAGGGAUAUUUAACUCUGUACUGCAUCUGGUUGUAGUUGUGUUAGGUUUAACAUUAUUAUGCUUAGUACUGAUAGUUAUAAUAUAUAUUAAGGUGUAGUGCUUGCUGAGGCAAGUGUCCCGACUCGAUUCAGCAUUAUCUAAGGAUACACUACAUCGCCUCUUAUAAGACUCAUCUUAAGGCUAGCAGGCUGCUAGGCUGUUAGAGUAGAACUAUCAGGUGCUUUGCAAUAUAACAGAGCAGGGUUUGACUGAGCAUAGGAGAGAUUUUGU